AUGCCCUCAGCACCGCGAUAUAGUCGCAGACAGCCCCAAUCGCCCCCGCCAAGACGUAGGCAGUACUCCCCUGCCUCUGACAUUGACGAAAGGCGGCGCAGGGGUAGUGUCGACGACUACGAGAGGGGCUAUCGGAGGAGACGAUAUGAAGAUGACGCUGCCUCCCAAUCUUCAGACCAAGACGGUCCUGAUCCUCCUCCUCCCCCAAAACCUGAGCGGGAGGUGGACCAUGACCGCGAUGUUGAUGCUGACAUAAGGUAUCGCCCUAUGGUCCCGUUCAGCUGGCGCAACGAGAUCUGUCGCUUGCUGGAAGUUUCUCCUGAUGCACUAGAUGAGGAGGUUUUCCAAGCCAUAGGCAAAGCGUCCAAGAUACUGAAGGAAACCGAGAAAAUGCGGGCCCUUUUUGAAGCUCGACAAGGUCCGCCACGGUAUCAAGUAAUACACUCAGUUCGAUGCGAGAAAUCGAGAACGGAGGGAAAACUAUACCUCGAUCAGCCUUGGGUGGUUGAGACUGGCCCGCAAAACGCCCACCUGCGGGGUAGCCAGCCCAUUCUGAAUUUUGAGCUCUUUCUGGAGAGAAACAAAGAGGUUGUAGCAAUCAUCUACAAGAAUUACAGAUGCUGCGGAAAUUCACGAGCGUACCCCAAAAAGGCCCGUCAUGAGGAUGGUGACCAGAUUGAAGCGUCCUCGCUUUUGAUUAGCGAGGAGAUAGCUAUCAUCUCAGAGGACUUGAAAUCCGCUAUGGUGGAAUUUUCUGAUAGCAUGCUGGGAGGAUUUCCGCACCCCAAGUUCGAAGAAGAUGAAGAAAUGAAGUAUCCGUACAUUUGGUGGUUUCAUCGCCGGAAGGAGAUCAAUGGAGCGCUUGAACGGUACCAAUCUUCCGACUGGUUUCCUAUGGUCAACUUGGUCCGUGAGUAUAUGCUUGAGCGCAUGACGGAGGAAUGGGAAACAGUCGACGACUUGCUCGGGAGGAGGAAGAUUUGCCUCCAAUACAUGGGAUAUCUGUUUGUCCCCGAACAACUUGCUAUUUCAACUAAACAAGGACGUGCCAUCUCAAAGCUCGAGGGCGUUGUAACAGACGGUUGGCUCGAACAACAACCAUUUAUUGAAUACUCGGCAAUUGUUGAUGUGACCUUUUGGACUUUCGACGGCAUGUUCCACAAGACCUCUAAACAAUUUGCUAUCACAGACCUCCCUCGCGACAUUAAAUCCGAGGCGGAAGAGUUUGCUAUUACUGAUCUACCGCUUUACCCAAUUGAAUAUGCCAGCAGUGAGGUUGCUGAAGCCCUGCGUCAGCGGGGUCGAAUGUUUUGGAAAUGUCGUUUUCGCAAUUAUGUGUCACUCGCUGGGGAGAUGAACGAGGAUAUACAAGAUUCGAUUGGCUCUCGGUUCAUGGUCGAUAUCGCAACCCACAAGAAGCUGCAUCGUGAAGGCAAUGGCCGGUCCCAGCGAGCACCGUCUCCCGGCCCUAAUGACCUGGAGGCGGAAUACAUGUCCGAAGAUAACCCCGAUCUUGCAGAUGACUUCUUCAUGUGUCUCCCAACAUCAAUAUUUGGAUUCAACAUGGAUAAAAAGGAAUGGGUCAACUUGGACGUACACUAUUUGCGGGAUGUUGUCUGGAAUACUGAGGCUUUUGAUCUCCUUGUUGUUCAGGAGGAAACGAAAGUUCUCAUCCAGGCCGUGGUCACGAACCAGCUUCGGACCACGGAGAAUGCGGAUCUCAUUCAAGGAAAGGGCAACGGUCUUUUUAUACUUCUCCACGGAGGACCUGGAACAGGCAAAACUCUCACGGCAGAAAGCGUUGCUGAAGUUGCGAAAAAGCCAUUAUACAGAGUUACAUGUGGUGAUAUCGGCACCAAGGCUGAAGAUGUCGAACAGUAUCUCAAUGUUGUCUUACAUCUCGGAAAGACAUGGGGCUGUGUUGUUCUCUUGGACGAAGCAGAUGUUUUCUUGGAACAGCGCUCCCUAGUAAACCUUGAGAGAAACGCUCUCGUAUCAGUAUUUCUACGGGUUUUGGAGUAUUACGACGGAAUUCUCAUACUAACAAGCAACCGAGUUGGUAUUUUUGACGAGGCUUUUAAGUCACGCAUCCAGUUAAAUCUGCGUUACAAAAAUCUCGAUCGAGGCCAGAGACUGCAGAUAUGGAAGAAUUUUUUUAUUCGCCUCAGUCGCCUGGAACAAGAGGCUCUCAAAAAGGAUCAAAACAGCCUAUCCUAUGGAGUCAACGUGAAUGAGAUGACAGCCAAGCUUGACGAGUUAGCUGAUGCUAAUCUCAAUGGCCGCCAAAUUCGCAACGCUAUUUCGACAGCGCGGCAGUUGUCAAGGUAUCUCAAGGAACCAUUAGGCUACAAGCAUUUGACGGCAGUGAUCGAUGAAGCGAAGAAGUUUGAUGAGUAUUUGUUGGAGUUGAACAGGACGUAUACAGCGGAUGAAAUUCAGAGAGAUAAGGGAGAAAGGUAG